AUGUCCCCUGUUUGUUCUCCCCUGUCUCGCGUCAUGCUCAACAUACGCCUUGCCGAAAACAAUGCGGCGCCAACUAAUAGUGACCUGCAGUGGCAGCCUGUUAUCGGUAUUGUAGCUGGUUUCCUGUCUAUUCUACUCGCCGUCUACCUCAUUCAUGCAUUGUUCCAGUGUCAUGCUUCUGGCGUUUUCCCUCGCAUUCUCGGACAUGCACUUCCUUCAGGCACUCGUCGUAUCCAUUCCGUCACUGAAAGCGAGAUGUCAGGCUCGUGGCCCGAACUUUCGAGUUCUGCUCCUCCUCCAUACACAGCAAGACCAAUCGCAACUCCCCUUUACGCGAUUACAGCGCCCCCUCGGUCACUCCAAAGUGGUCCAGUUCGCUAUUCGCAGAACCUCCCCCCGCUCCGCCGCCACGUAGAUGAAACAAUUUCAAGAGGUUGA